CGAUUGCGAAACAUGUGGAAAUAGGAGGCCGCCAUAUUAACCAGUGUGAAGAAGCCGGUGUGUCUCCACUGUGUAUUUCUCAACUUUUCACGACUAUAAACAAUGUCGAAAACACAAGAUAAAUUAACCCGUAUUGCUAUUGUCAGCAAUGACAAAUGUAAACCAAAAAGAUGCAGACAGGAAUGUAAAAAGUCUUGUCCUGUUGUAAGAAUGGGAAAGUUGUGUAUUGAAGUGAGCCCUACUGACAAGAUUGCUUUCAUAUCUGAAGAACUGUGUAUUGGUUGUGGUAUAUGUGCCAAGAAAUGUCCUUUUGAAGCCAUUACAAUCAUCAACUUGCCCAGUAAUCUUGAGAAAGAUACUACACACAGAUAUAGUGCAAACUCCUUCAAAUUACACAGAUUACCCACCCCUCGUCCAGGAGAAGUACUAGGACUUGUAGGAACCAAUGGUAUUGGUAAAUCUACAGCUCUGAAAAUAUUGGCAGGGAAACAGAAACCUAAUCUGGGAAGAUUUGAUGAUCCACCAGAUUGGACAGAGAUAUUGACUUACUUCAGAGGAUCAGAACUACAAAAUUUCUUCACAAAGAUCUUGGAGGAUGAUCUGAAAGCCAUCAUCAAACCUCAAUAUGUUGACCAAAUUCCAAAAGCUGUCAAGGGAUCAGUUCAAGCAUUACUGGACAAGAAAGAUGAUUUGAAAAACCAAAUAGAAGUCUGCAAACAAAUGGAUUUGAUGCAUGUAAGAGAUAGAAAUGUGGAGGAUUUAUCUGGAGGAGAAUUACAGAGAUUUGCAUGUGCGAUGGUGUGUAUACAAAAAGCUGACAUAUUUAUGUUUGAUGAACCUUCUAGUUAUUUAGAUGUGAAACAGAGACUGAAAGCUGCCUUGGCAAUCCGGGAGUUGAUUCAUUCUGACAAAUAUAUAAUUGUAGUAGAACAUGACUUGUCAGUACUAGACUAUCUAUCAGACUUUAUAUGUGUUUUAUAUGGAAUUCCUGGCGCCUAUGGUGUGGUUACUAUGCCUUUCAGUGUACGAGAAGGUAUCAACAUAUUUUUGGAUGGAUUUGUGCCAACAGAGAAUUUGAGAUUCAGAGAAACUUCAUUGACAUUCAAAGUAGCAGAAACAGCUAUGGAAGAAGAAAUUAAAAGAAUGUGCAGAUAUGAAUACCCUGAUCAGAAGAAAAUGUUAGGAAAUUUCACAUUAUCUGUAAAAACAGGCCAGUUCACAGAUUCAGAAAUUAUUGUCAUGUUGGGAGAAAAUGGAACAGGAAAGACAACAUUCAUCAGAAUGUUGGCAGGAAAAUUGGCCCCAGAUGAAGGAGGCUCAUGUCCCAUAUUGAAUGUGAGUUAUAAACCACAGAAGAUAAGUCCAAAGUCUCAAGGAACAGUGCGACAGUUAUUGCAUGAAAGGAUCCGUGAUGCUUACAUCCACCCUCAGUUUGUUACUGAUGUAAUGAAGCCCAUGAUGAUGGAAGCCAUUAUAGACCAAGAGGUUCAGAAUUUAUCAGGAGGAGAGUUGCAGAGAGUGGCCUUAGUACUCUGUCUCGGUAAACCAGCUGAUGUAUACCUGAUUGACGAACCUUCAGCUUACCUGGACUCAGAACAGCGUUUACAUGCUGCCAAGGUCAUCAAGAGAUUUAUUCUUCAUGCAAAGAAAACAGCCUUUGUAGUAGAGCACGAUUUCAUCAUGGCUACCUACCUAGCUGACAGAGUUGUGGUGUUUGAAGGAAACCCAGGCAUUGAUACAAUAGCAAACUCACCAUCAUCCUUACUCAAUGGAAUGAAUAAGUUUUUGAGGUCUUUAGAAAUCACCUUCAGAAGAGAUCCCAACAACUUCAGACCAAGAAUCAACAAGCGCCACUCAGUCAAGGAUUCAGAACAGAAGAAGACUGGGAACUUUUUCUUCCUCGAGGACUGAAAUUGUUUUAACAACAAUACAAAUAAUUCUUCCUGAAUGGGCUGUCCGCGGCAAACUGGUGGUGUUAUGACAAGACCAAUUGGAGCAUGAAGCAAACUUUUACCUCUAUGCAUGUUAUUGAGCUAUAUAUAGAAGACCUUUUGCCGCUCAAGGGAAAAAUAGCUGUCAAUUAUCAAUUUUGUAUAUGAUCAUGUGAUAGAUUUAAAAUAAUGAGGAAUGCUGAAGUUAUUUUGGUGGAAUUAGUAUUAUGUAAAUGAAGAAAUGAUUUUUGGAUAAAGGGGAUUUGCUUUGAAUAGCAAAAUUAGUCAUGACCAUGAUAUUAUAGGUUGUUAAUGCUUUCAGGCUUUUUGAAAUCUGUUACUUGAAAUUGUGUAUUUUUACUACAUGUUAGAAUUAUCAAUCUUUCCCUAAUUUGAUAUGCUGAAAUAUAUGUUUUUAGCAUUGUCAUUAAUAUUGUAAAAAAGUUGGACAUCAACAGUGAUAUCUAGUAGCAUUUCUCAGUUCAUUAUUUGAUCAUUAUAUUUUUUUAUAUACAAACUGAAGGCUUUAAAAUUGGUGUUUUUUUUUAUCUGGGGUGAACUAUAUUUUAUCUGCAUUAACCACAUGUGUACACAUCAGUUUUUUUUAAUCCCCUUUCAUUUCAAAACACAUACAACAUCAUAACCUAAAUAUUGAUUUAAUGGUUCUUAAAGAAAAGUUGGUCAAAUAGGUCAUUAUACAUCUGAAGACCAGCAUUAAUACCACAAUAUCAAACUUACAAUCUUCAUGAUACAGAUUUUAUGUCAUUUAUAUAUUUUGCUCUCAUACAAAUUACAGAAGUCAAUAUAUUAGUGUCUAGGAAAAAAGACCCUCUUUCAUAAUACAUAUCAUCCUUGAAACUAUGAAGUAUAUAAAAAUGGUAAUUUUAAAUAAUUUUGGAGGGGGUUCUUUUAGUAUUUCCUUAUUUCAUGGUGAAGUGCGAUGGGAAGAUUUCCAAUAACAUCUAAUGGCAUGAUGGAUGUUGAUUGCUAGACCACAGAUAGUUUUACUUAAUGGAUUAACUAAUCAUAGUAACAAUAAACAAAUAAUUUUCUUUUGCAAUCGCUGCAACAAAAUACAUGUAAUUAAAGCAAUGAAAUGAAAUUAAAAAAAUAUUUUAAGAUGUUAAGUCAAGUAAAUGUUAAUUUGAGAACUCAAAAUAUUUACUACAUGAAUUUCUAAAUUCUUCAAUUAAAAUGAGGGGCUUUUGUCCUACUCUGGCUAGGAUUGCAUUAAGAUUGCUUCUGACGGAUGGAAAAUUUCAAAAUCAAGGGUACCUCUUAAUUUCAAAUGUUUCAAGUUCCUUUUAAAUUAAGUAUCUGUGAUUUAUCGAAGACUGAUCAUGUUCACUAUAAUCCAUUGUUCAUACUGUGUAAAAAAAAAGGGAACAGUAUUUUGUUGAUGUUCUACAACUCAAAUCCAUUUGGAAUAUACAAAUCAUUUAUAAACUUUCUGUACACAACUUGAUACUUAAAGGAUACAAACAAAACUUGAUUCUGUACACUUGUAUUAAAGUAACAUUGUAAUAUGAUUGUAAGUGGUGUUGACAGCUAUUUUGACUACUGUGAUAGAAGUCUGGACAGGAUUGUAACCUGUUGCAGGAUAAAUUGACUGAUUUUUAUACAUUGUUAAUUAUUUAUUUGCAUUUUUUAAACUUGGCUGUAAAAUGUUCUUUACUCAAAACUUUAAUAGAUUUCAUAGGAAACUAUUUACAUUUCAAAAUGACCUUAGACAUGAAUUAUAGGAUUAUGGAAUAAAAUUCCUGAUGAUUUAAAUUACAUGAUUUGUUUAUUUCUCUUUCUUUUAACAAGAGAACAAUACAUGUACAGAACUGAAGUUGGAAAAUACUUUCUAGUGCUAAUCUUUAAAAAAUUUGAAAAAAAUGGCCAUUAUGGUUGUAAAAGAACAUGAAGUAAUUUGUUUGUUGCACAUGUAAUAAUACAAUUGGUGCUAAAUACAAAUGAUUUGUACUAAAUAUUAACAUUAUAUCUUAUUCUGACAGAUUGUUUCACAGAUUUUCAAUUAUGUUUAAGGAAUGAAAUAGGUAUAAGAAUUAACUUGACUUGAAUUUAAUUAUAUUCUUAUCUAAGUGAUGUUUUUUUAUCCGAGCAAUGUAUAAAUGAUUUAUGAACUGCUGAAAUAAUUUCACACCCUUUGGAGAAAAUUUAUAUCAUACAGAGCAAAUUUAUGGUACUGUUUCAGCGGUACCAUUACUUUUGGAGUAAAACCCCUGAAAAUUUAUUUAUGAAAAUUCUGCAGUUACGGAUGACAUUGAAAGUAGAAAUACUAAAUAGCAAUGUUUCAAUAUAAAAUAGAAAGAAAUACAAUUCAAAUAAUGAGGUUUAAUUAAUGUUACAGUAUCUUUUUGUGAGUGCUCAAGAGGAAACAAUUUAUAGAACAUGUAGAAUGCACACAACUGACAAAAAAAAUCACAAAGAUAACACUCUAAAUUAACUUUCUACAUUUUAACAGAAUUACAGAAAAUUAAAAAAAAAUUGCAAUUUUUCUUCCUUUGAUUGCUGCAACUGAAUUGUUUUUUUGAAACUAGAUCUUUUUUUCAAUUGUUGAAAAAUUUGAACCAUAUACCUGUAAAAAAAUAAAGUGCAUACAUAUUGGUUCAAAAACAAUAAAUGAUAGUUACAAUGUUA